UCAGGUGACGGUCACGUGGUUCAGUCAGCUGAUGCUAACGCGAAGCAGCUACACGGACGGUUCUCCUGCAGAGACGGAUCUGACGGUCAGACAGGAUGCCUUUCUCCGAGCUGUAUUUUAACGUUGAUAAUGGCUACCUGGAGGGGCUGGUCAGAGGAUUUAAAGCUGGAAUACUGUCCCAGGCCGAUUAUUUAAAUCUUGUUCAGUGUGAGACCCUGGAAGAUCUGAAGCUCCACCUGCAGAGCACAGACUAUGGCAGCUUCUUGGCAAAUGAGCCAUCUCCCCUCACCGUGUCCGUCAUCGAUGACAAGCUGAAGGAGAAGAUGGUGGUUGAGUUCCGCCACAUGAGGAACCAAUCGUACGAGCCACUCGCCAGCUUUAUGGACUUCAUCACAUACAGCUACAUGAUUGAUAACGUCAUCCUGCUGAUCACGGGGACUCUCCACCAGCGGGCCAUCUCUGAGCUGGUGCCAAAGUGUCACCCACUGGGCAGCUUCGAGCAGAUGGAGGCAGUCAACAUCGCCCAGACCCCCGCUGAGCUCUACAACGCCAUCCUGGUGGACACGCCUCUGGCUGCUUUCUUCCAGGACUGCAUAUCUGAACAGGACUUGGAUGAGAUGAACAUUGAAAUCAUUCGUAACACUCUUUACAAGGCUUAUCUGGAAGCUUUCUACAAGUUCUGCUCCAACCUGGGAGGAACCACAGCUGACACCAUGUGCCCUAUUCUAGAGUUUGAGGCUGACAGGAGAGCCUUCAUCAUCACCAUCAACUCCUUCGGCACAGAGCUCUCCAAGGAGGAUCGCGCUAAACUUUUCCCACACUGUGGAAAGCUUUACCCAGAAGGCCUUGCUCAGUUGGCCCGGGCAGAUGACUACGAGCAGGUCAAAGCUGUCGCUGAUUUUUAUCCUGAGUACAAACUGCUGUUCGAAGGUGCCGGCAGCAACCCAGGAGACAAAACACUAGAGGACCGUUUCUUCGAGCAUGAGGUGAAGCUGAACAAACUGGCCUUCCUCAACCAGUUUCACUUCAGCGUUUUCUACGCCUACGUCAAGCUGAAGGAGCAGGAGUGCAGGAACAUCGUGUGGAUCGCCGAGUGCAUCGCCCAGCGGCACCGCGCCAAGAUCGACAACUACAUUCCUAUCUUUUAAACCUCCUCUUCCUCUCUCUCUCUCCUCCUUCACAUUGUCGUUUUAUUGAGUCUUAUGUCUUCAAGAUUUUCUCAACUGGAUGUGAAAGAGUCCGAUGGUUUGAUGCUAAAUUCCCUUCAUUCUUCACUGGUAGGUGUAAAUGAGUUCCAGACACUCCAGUUUCUUAUUAAACAUGUUAAACACAUAAUAAACAUCAUUGCAGAGAGCUGGAGGAGAACCUCAUGAGCUUUUUCAAACAGAGGUUGGUUCAGUUUUCAUCAGCUCACAAGAUAAAAAGGAGGGAUUAAUUUGACUUUCAAACAUUACCUCUGAUUGUCUAAACUAUGUGAAGCAUAGUUUGCUUCUUUAGUGCCAUGUCUGGCCAACCUGACACACAUGUUCAACCAGAACAAGAAGCUCUAACUUAUUAAGUCCAGGAAUCAACUCAACUGGGUAAGAAGAGAGUAGAUGUUUAUUUAAAUGAAACUCCCAGCAAAGCAAACACCAACCAUCCUUUGAGCUCACGUUAGUCUCCAAGCUCAUGAGAACCCUUUAGGUGCAGUUUACUCUGUUCUAGAUUCAUCAUCGACCAAAAGGGGUGAUAAGCCCAAAUCUGAACAUUGUACCAUCUCAGUGCAAGGCAGACAUGAAAACAUUCCUCCACUCGGCAUCAGCCUCCACCAGAGUCUGGAUAACCGGUAUUUAUUUCUGUUUUGUGCUAGUUUUUGUCAGCAUGUCUGGUCAUUACUGUGGGUUAUUUUUCUCUCAGAAAACUAACAAGUGAAAUGUGUAAUCCCCUCGCCCGCCCGCCCGCCCGCCCGUCCGUCAUCUUUACUAGAUUGUUGUUAGAUCUGAACGGAAGCUUCCAGUCCUCUCCUCCCUGUUCUUGUGUGAACUCUUGAGUUUCUGUAUAUGAGCGUACUGGAGUGAGGCAAAAUCUAUGAGUAUAUGACAGACUUGAUGUUUAAAGUAUACAAGAUAUAUAGAUAUUUAAAGAUGAGUAUAUGAUUUGUUUUUUUCAUGCUGUAAAAAUGGAUUUAUUGCUGUUUUGAUCUGUCUCUUAUGAGUGAAAUGUGUAAUUUAAAUGUGAGAAAAUAAAGCGGCAGAGCUGCACAAACGCAGGUCUGAAGAAAUCAUAAA